UAAGGUUAAAAUAUCUCUGCAACGGACAGGAAAUACAAACCAGCAUCAAGUGCUGCAGCCUCAGUGGCUGCUGUGGUGUGAAGUUAGUAUGAAAGGGAAGGAAACACAGAGAGGUGAUACUAAGAAGAAGACGCAUGAAACUUAUUGAUGUCAUAUAUAUUUUAGACUUAAUUUCUCCUUUUAUAUGAACACAAUUCAAACCAAGUAGAAGCCUUUCAGUUGAGCUGUGCAGCCGUUCUGGAUGCCAGGAUGAAACCUGCUCUGCUCUGCAUGCUGGGCUUUUUCUUGCUCAGUUGUCUGUUUCAUGGAUGUGCUGAUGAAAUCAAGGCAACUCUGGCUCCACACAAAACAACCAUACCACCAGGGGGCAGUGUGACAUUAACCUGUUCUGUGGACAAACCUGCUGGUUUAACAUUUGAGCUCUUCAGAGGAUCUUCAUCCACCUAUCAGACCAGAGUUUCUCCUCGAUCAGAUGGAGUUUUCAUCAUCACUGAAGGAGGAAUUUACACCUGUAGAGGAUCCAUGACAGAAACAAACAUUGUGACAACUAUGAGUGAUGAAGUCACCAUUUAUAAGAGAGUUUCCAACAGAGUUUCAGUCACUUCACAACCAAACCGAUCUCUGAUAUACAGAGGAGAGAAAGUCACUCUGAGAUGUGAGAUCCAGGAUGAUGGAGGAACUGAGUGGACAUAUGAAUGGAAAACAACCAAUAGAAACUCUCCAUCAUCCAGUGAAUAUAUGAUCAUCUCAGCUACUGAUGCUGACAGUGGAGAAUACAGCUGUAAGGGUAGAAGAGGCUACGAGUUUACAGGAUGGAGUGAAGCCAUCAGACUGACAGUGUCAUCUGAUAAACCCAGAGCCACCCUGAUACCAGAGAAAACAAUCAUACCAGCAGGGGGCAGUGUUACACUGAACUGCUCUGUUGACGGAUCUACUGGCUGGAAGUUUUACUGGAUCAGAAAUGGGCAAUAUUAUCCUGUAGUUGGAUCCUCCAGAAACACAGAACCAGAUGGAACCAUCAGAGUCUCAGAGGGAGGACAGUACAGCUGCAGAGGAAGAAGAGGAGACUCAUCUUUUCUAUCAGAAACCAGUGAAGAGGUCACCAUUCAGAAAACUGCACCCAAACCUCAGCCUGUCCUCUCUGUGUCUCCAUCAUGGCCGAAUCCUGGAGCCUCAGUGACUCUGAGCUGUGAGGGUUUGGAGCUUCAAUCAGCAGGAUGGAGGUUCUUCUGGUAUAAAGCUGUUCCUGAUCCAUCCAAGCAAAACUAUCGACCAUCAUACAGCUAUGAGCUGUUGCCUGGCAGCACCAAUGGGACUGAGCAGAACUCCUUCAUCAUUAGUGGACCGACUCACACAGCAGGAUAUAAGUGCAGAGCAGGAAGAGAAGAACCAAAGUUUUACACUGAUUACAGUAAACGAAAGUUUGUCUGGUCUGCAGAUCCUCGUCCAGCAGCUUCUCUCUCAGUGGAUCCUGACAGAGUUCAACACUUCAGAUCUGACUCUGUGUCUCUGAGCUGUGAGGGAAACUCUACUGAGUGGAGAGUGAUGAUGUUUACAGAAAGAGACGGACUGUCAGACUGCUCCUCCUGGGGGAACAUGACUGGAUCUACAUGCACAAUUAACAUUUCCUGGUAUAAUAAUGGAGUGUUCUGGUGUGAGUCAAAAUCUGGAGAGUUUAGCAACGCUGUCAACAUCACUCUACAGGAUGAUUAUCAUGAUGGUGUUAUCCUGGUGAGCCCUGUUCAUCCUGUGACUGAAGGAGAUCCUGUUACUCUGAGCUGCAGAGAUAAAAAACAAAAUCUUCUCUCCAAUGUGUUUUUCUAUCAUAAUAAUAAACUCAUCAAUAAUGACGGCAGAGAGGAGCUGAAGAUCUCUGCAGUGUCAAAGUCAGAUGAAGGUUUCUACAAAUGUCAACAUUCAGGAAAAGAGUCACUAAGGAGCUGGAUGUCUGUUAGAGUAACUGUAUCCAGUCCUGUCAGUUCUUCAUUUCCUGUCAUGUUGAUCGUUGGACCAGUUGUUGGAAUCGUUCUCAUUAUUCUCAUUAUUGUCCUUCUCUUGUUGUGGCGCUGCAGACGGUCCAAAGAUUUAAGCAGUAACAGAUUGAAUCAACCAGAGAGCAUCAAUCCAGCCUCAGCUACAAAUCAUGAAGUGACCCAGAAUGACGGUUCUGUUUACAGUUCUCUGCUUCAUGGUGACACUUCCCUCUAUGAGACAAUCCAACUCAGCAGAGCCUCAGGAAACGCAGAGAAGAUUCAUCAUCCAGCAGAAGAUACUGACUAUGCUAAUUGCUUAUACGAACACAAUUCAAACCAAGCAGAAGCCUUUCAGUUGAGCUGUGCAGCCGUUCUGGAUGCCAGGAUGAAACCUGCUCUGCUCUGCAUGCUGGGCUUUUUCUUGCUCAGUUGUCUGCUUCAUGGACGUGCUGAUGCAGAUCCUGUCAAUCAAACAACACAACCUGUCGACGUCACUGAUCCAGACGCCAACAAACCUCCUGCAGAAAUCAAUGCAACUUUGGCUGCAGACGAAACAACCGUACCACCAGGGGGCAGUGUGACAUUAACCUGUUCUGUGGACAAACCUGCUGAUUUAACAUUUGAGCUCUUCAGAGGAUCUUCAUCCACCUAUCAGACCAGAGUUUCUCCUCGAUCAGAUGGAGUUUUCAUCAUCACUGAAGGAGGAAUUUACAUCUGCAGAGGAUUUAAACCUGGGAGAAACUAUGUAACAACUAUGAGUAAUCAAGUCACCAUUUAUAAGAGAGUUUCCAACAGAGUUUCAGUCACUUCACAACCAAACCGAUCUCUGAUAUACAGAGGAGAGAAAGUCACUCUGAGAUGUGAGAUCCAGGAUGAUGGAGGAACUGAGUGGACAUAUGAAUGGAAAACAACCAAUAGAAACUCUCCAUCAUCCAGUAAAUACAGGAUCAUCUCAGCUACUAAGGCUGACAGUGGAGAAUACAGCUGUAAGGGUAGAAGAGGCUACGAGUUUACAGGAUGGAGUGAAGCCAUCAGACUGACAGUGUCAUCUGAUAAACCCAGAGCCACCCUGAAGGCAGAGAAAAGAAUCAUACCAGCAGGGGGCAGUGUUACACUGAACUGCUCUAUUGAAGGAUCUACUGGCUGGAAGUUCAGGUACACAUUUAGACGUUAUCCUUUAGAUGGAUCCUCCAGAAACACAGAACCAGAUGGAACCAUCAGAGUGUCAGACGGAGGAGAGUACAGCUGCAGAGGAAGAAGAGGAGACUCAUCUUUUCUAUCAGAAUCCAGUGAAGAGGUCACCAUUCAGGAAACUGUUUCUAAGCCGACUGUGAUCCUGCGACCUCGUUGGUCUCUGAACGAAGAUAAAGUCCAUCUGGCGUGUGAUAUCCGGGAAGGAGCUGUGUGGACGUAUGAAUGGAGAAAAAACAAUUUCAAUUAUAAUCCAACACCCAGGAUCAUCACAGCUAACAGUGGAGAUUAUAGCUGUAAAGGAACAAGUGACUAUUUCUUAACACGGUGGAGUGAUGUCAUCACAUUAACUAUCUCUCCCAAUAAACCCAGUUUGAUUCUGCAAUCCAACUGGUCUCAGAUCUACAUAGGAGAGAAAGUCACUCUGAGAUGUGAGAUCCAGGGAGGAACUGAGUGGACGUAUGAAUGGAGAUCAACCAAUAGAAACUUUCCACCAUCCAGUGAAUACAGCAUCAUAUCAGCUACUCAUUACCACAGUGGAGAACACAGCUGCAGAGGAAAAAGAGGGUUUUCCUUUACACCAUGGAGUAAUGUUGUUAAAAUAACUGUAUUGUCUCCCCCUCAGCCUGUCCUCUCUGUGUCUCCAUCAUGGCCGAAUCCUGGAGCCUCAGUGACUCUGAGCUGUGAGGGUUUGAAGCAUCAAUCAGAAGGAUGGAGGUUCUUCUGGUAUAAAACUGUUCCUGAUCCAUUCAAGUGGUACCAGCCACAGUACACUUAUGAGCUGCUGCCUGGCAGCACCAAUGGGACUGAGCAGAACUCCUUCAUCAUUAAUGGACCGACUCACACAGGAAGAUUUGUGUGCAGAGCAGGAAGAGAAGAACCAAAGUUUUACACUUAUUACAGUGAACCAAAGUUUGUCUGGUCUGCAGAUCCUCGUCCAGCAGCUUCUCUCUCAGUGAAUCCUGACAGAGUUCAACACUUCAGAUCUGACUCUGUGUCUCUGAGCUGUGAGGGAAACUCUACUGAGUGGAGACUGAUGAGGUUUAUAGAACGAGACAGACUGUCAGACUUUACCUGCUCAGACUGGGGGAACAUGACUGGAUCUACAUGUACCAUUAAACCGUACUAUUAUAUGGAUGGAGUGUUCUGGUGUGAGUCAAAAUCUAGAGAGUUUAGCAACGCUGUCAACAUCACUGUACAGGAAGCCUUUCAGUUGAGCUGUGCAGCCGUUCUGGAUGCCAGGAUGAAACCUGCUCUGCUCUGCAUGCUGGGCUUUUUCUUGCUCAGUUGUCUGCUUCAUGGACGUGCUGAUGCAGAUCAUAUCAAUCAAACAACACAGCCUGUCGACGUCACUGAUCCAGACACCAACAAACCUCCUGCAGAAAUCAAGGCAACUCUGGCUGCAGACGAAACAACCGUACCACCAGGGGGCAGUGUGACAUUAACCUGUUCUGUGGACAAACCUGCUGAUUUAACAUUUGAGCUCUUCAGAGGAUCUUCAUCCACCUAUCAGACCAGAGUUUCUCCUCGAUCAGAUGGAGUUUUCAGCAUUACAGAAGGAGGAAUUUACACCUGCAGAGGAUUUAAAACCAAACAUAACUUUAUGACAACUAUGAGUAAUCAAGUCACCAUUUAUAAGAGAGUUUCCAACAGAGUUUCAGUCACUUCACAACCAAACCGAUCUCUGAUAUACAGAGGAGAGAAAGUCACUCUGAGAUGUGAGAUCCAGGAUGAUGGAGGAACUGAGUGGACAUAUGAAUGGAAAACAACCAAUAGAAACUUUCAAUCAUCCAGUAAAUACAAAAUCAUCUCAGCUACUAAGGCUGACAGUGGAGAAUACAGCUGUAAGGGUAGAAGAGGCUACGAGUUUACAGGAUGGAGUGAAGCCAUCAGACUGACAGUGUCAUCUGAUAAACCCAGAGCCACCCUGAAGGCAGAGAAAAGAAUCAUACCAGCAGGGGGCAGUGUUACACUGAACUGCUCUAUUGAAGGAUCUACUGGCUGGAAGUUCAGGUACACAUUUAGACGUUAUUCUGUAGUUGGAUCCUCCAGAAACACAGAACCAGAUGGAACCAUCAGAGUGUCAGACGGAGGAGAGUACAGCUGCAGAGGAAGAAGAGGAGACUCAUCUUUUCUAUCAGAAACCAGUGAAGAGGUCACCAUUGAGGAAACUGUUUCUAAGCCGACUGUGAUCCUGCAACCUCGUUGGUCUCUGAACGAAGAUAAAGUCUAUCUGGAGUGUGAUAUCCAGGAAGAAGCUCUGUGGACGUAUGAAUGGAGAAAAAACAAUUUCAAUUAUAAUCCAACACCCAGGAUCAUCACAGCUGACAGUGGAGAUUAUAGCUGUAAAGGAACAAGUGACUAUUUCUUAACACAGUGGAGUGAUGUCAUCACAUUAACUAUCUCUCCCAAUAAACCCAGUUUGAUUCUGCAAUCCAACUGGUCUCAGAUAUAUGAAGGAGAGAAAGUCACUCUGAGAUGUGAGAUCCAGGGAGGAACUGAGUGGACGUAUGAAUGGAGAUCAACCAAUAGAAACUUUCCAUCAUCCAGUGAAUACAGCAUCAUAUCAGUUACUCAUUACCACAGUGGAGAACACAGCUGUAGAGGAAAUAGAGGGUUUUCCUUUACACCAUGGAGUAAUGUUGUUAAAAUAACUGUAUUGUCUCCCCCUCAGCCUGUCCUCUCUGUGUCUCCAUCAUGGCCGAAUCCUGGAGCCUCAGUGACUCUGAGCUGUGAGGGUUUGAAGCUUCAAUCAGCAGGAUGGAGGUUCUUCUGGUAUAAAGAUGUUCCUAAUCCAUCCAGCAACUCCUACAGCAUUGAGCUGCUGCCUGGCAGCACCAAUGGGACUGAGCAGAACUCCUUCAUCAUUAAUGGACCGACUCACACAGGAAAAUUUCUGUGCAGAGCAAAAAGAGAAGAACAAGACACUUAUUACAGUAAACCAAAGUUUGUCUGGUCUGCAGAUCCUCGUCCAGCAGCUUCUCUCUCAGUGAAUCCUGACAGAGUUCAACACUUCAGAUCUGACUCUGUGUCUCUGAGCUGUGAGGGAAACUCUACUGAGUGGAGACUGAUGAGGAUUAUAGAAAGAGAAGGACUGUCAGACUUUACCUGCUCCCACUGGGGGACUGGAUCUACAUGCACCAUUAACAUUUCCUGGAAUAAUGAUGGAGUGUUCUGGUGUGAGUCAAAAUCUGGAGAGUUUAGCAACGCUGUCAACAUCACUGUACAGGAUGAUUAUCGUUAUGGUGUUAUCCUGGUGAGCCCUGUUCAUCCUGUGACUGAAGGAGAUCCUGUUACUCUGAGCUGCAGAUAUAAAAAACAAAAUCUUCUCUCCAAUGUGUUUUUCUAUCAUAAUAAUAAACUCAUCAAUAAUGACGGCAGAGAGGAGCUGAAGAUCUCUGCAGUGUCAAAGUCAGAUGAAGGUUUCUACAAAUGUCAACAUUCAGGAAAAGAGUCACCAAGGAGCUGGAUGUCUGUUAGAGAUGAUUAUCAUGAUGGUAUUAUCCUGGUGAGCCCUGUUCAUCCUGUGACUGAAGGAGAUCCUGUUACUCUGAGCUGCAGAGAUAAAAAACAAAAUCUUCUCUCCAAUGUGUUUUUCUAUCAUGAUAAUAAACUCAUCAAUAAUGACAGCAGAGAGGAGCUGAAUAUCUCUGCAGUGUCAAAGUCAGAUGAAGGUUUCUACAAAUGUCAACAUUCAGGAAAAGAGUCACCAAGGAGCUGGAUGUCUGUUAGAGUAACUGUAUCCAGUCCUGUCAGUUCUUCAUUUCCUGUCAUGUUGAUCGUUGGACCAGUUGUUGGAAUCGUUGUCAUUAUUCUCAUUAUUCUCCUGAUCUUGUUGUGGCGCUGCAGACGGUCCAAAGAUCUGUGCUGCAUAAGGUCAAAGGGCUCAGAGUUCAGAGGUCAGAGCUCCACCACAAACCAGCCUGAAGGUCAUGAAUAUAAAUCUCUUUCUCAUGGUAAUGAGAUGAUCGGCUCGGCUGAAGCUUCUGGACAUGCAGCAGAUGAAGCCCCAGAGGUUACAUACUCUCUCAUUGAAAUGAAAUCCUCUAGGAAAGACAGGAGACAAGGUGGACCAGAAGAGGGCGCUGUUUACUCUGAGGUGAAAACAGGAGCUGCAGGGAAGUCGGGUCCUGCAGCAGCGGAGGCAGCAGUUUAUUCUGAAAUCAGAUCAGCACCAGCUGUGGAAAACAGUGCUGCCAUGUAGGCUGCAGGCUCUGAGUUUAUCCUGCAGUUUAUUACAAGACUCACAACAACUGCUUUGAUCACACAAUAUUUUUAUCCGUCAUAAGAAAUCUCCUAGAGAAUCUGUAUUGAUCACUCAAAGAAUAAUUCUCUGAGAUCCAAAUCGUCAGAUGUGGUUAAACUUUAGUAAAGGUUUUGCAAUGCAACAUUUUAUAAAGACUCACAAAUCGUUUUUUUUUAACACAACGCAAAUUGUGAAUUGUUUUGUGUUUAUUUGUUUCUAGAAGUAUGUUGCAAUUAAAGUUACUAAAUUUGAUUUGGAACAGUUUGAUUUGGUUUCAUGUGAAGCAACUUUGCUUCACAUUUAACUUUUUAUAUCAAAACCUUGUGACUGUAUUUUUAUCAUCAAGCACGUUGUAAAUUAAGUAGAUUGAUCAUUUGAAUGCAACACAUAAAAUCAAUAUAAGAUGUUAGACAUAAUUGGGCACAAUAGUGAUUAAAAUGAUUUUUACAGUCUCAGGUAAAUAGAUUGUUUUAUUAAUGCUACUUGUAACUGAGCGACAAUUAUUAGAUAUAUAUCUUUGCUCUUUUGUUAUUAUAGUAUUUCAGUUGAAGCUUAAACCUGCACACUUACUGCUAGAUGGAGUUUUUACACCUUAACAGCUAGACGACAGGAAAGUACUGAACUUUAUGCAAUCUUUGGUAUGUGUAGAAUAUGCAUCUAUAGGCACCUUGCAGCUCACAUUUGUGAAUUUCCUUUAACCAAUAAUGUUUAUUGGUUGAGCAGCAGCAGCUGAAUUGAUUCAUUUUCUGUUUCAAAUGAUGAAAUAGAAAUAAGUAAAAUAUGGGAUCUUUUUUAUCUAUUCUUGUUGCUUUAAGUUAGUUUGCAGUAGAGUUAUGCUCCUUCACAAUAUCAGGAUUUUUUGUAUAUUUUGGAAUUAGAUAUAUAUAGCAAGCAUGUUGACUUUUAUUAAAAAUAUAUUCAUUCAUAAGUUCUAAAUAUGUCUCUUAGUUUUUAUAUCUUCAUGGAUUUCAGCGAUUUCUCUCUGUAGUGAUUUUUGUUUUUGCUUGUGUGCUGAAAUAAAAGUAACAUCAUCAAUGGCUUGUUCAAU